AUGUGGCCUAUGUUCCCGACUUCUCCAGUUAAUGGUGUUCCAUCUUAUUCCACAGUAACUAGUGGCUCUAGUUCAUAUUGUCCUUCUGGAAAUGUUACUGUGUUGUCUCUACCUCCAUCACCUCCAUCUGAUGCUCCUAAUAGUGAUAUUUCAGAUCCCGAUACUGAUAUGUCAGACAUUUCCCAAGAACAAUCAGUUUCUCAUGAUUCCAUGGAUACUGAUCCAGACCAACUAUCUGAUCAUUCCCUAAACGAUACACAAUCAUUCUCUUCUGUUCCUUCUCAUAGCUCCGAUUCGACGUUUAAUCCUACGUCUUCCAGUGAUAAUAACAAUUCAUGCGUUGACGCGAUAUCGAAGCGAACCCGUUCCGAAAGUUGUGUCACUGUCCCGGUCUCUCCUGAAGAAGCUACCAUUGAUUCACCAUCUUCUUCUUCUCGGUUAUCUUCUGAGACUCCUUCAUUAACAGGAGUUAUUCAAUCUCUAGCUGAUUCUUUUACACGCCGCUCCAUAGAACAUUCACCUUCCCUUUCCUCAUCGCAGCCAAGACAGAAAACGUCAAGUGAAUCCAUUGCUACAGAUAUUUACAAUGGUCCUCAAUCGGAAUUUCCUGUUACUCGAUUUUCAAAAAAUAGGAAGGUUCACUUAGACGAUAUGGAUGCUGACGUUGGUGUUGGUAAUCAAUUAACAACACUGGAUGAUCAAAUGAUUCAUGAAAUUGGUCUUCUUCCAAACACUCCUCUCAAUCCUUCCACAACAGUUGUCACAAGGCCGGUGGCGGAUAUUCACACCGACGCUAUACGUGCACAACUGUCAUCAAAUUCCAAUAAUUUUUCUGCUUCGUUACCAUCUACUGUUAGAUUCUGGGAAUCAGUAGAUGUCAAUCUAUAG